AAAGAGACCAGUAUCUAUUGUUAUUGUCGUAUUCUAUUUUAUUGUAUCGUAUUCAUGAAGAAAAAUAGCGACAAUCAUGUACAGUUUGACAUCAUAUUCAUAUGUUGCCUUUCUAUUUGUAUUAUUAUUAAUUGUGGGAGAGUUUAAUAAACAAAGUGUUUAUGGUUAUAUAUUUUGUCAUUGUGAUACCGAUGAAUGUCGUGCAUUUGGCUACAAAGAAUGUAAAGCUGAAUAUUACUGUUACAGUAUUUAUGAAUUAAAUUCACUAUCAGAUAACCGUGUACUAUCUAUAAAUCAAUCAACUGAAAUUACUGGUAUUUCUAUCAGUCGUGGUUGUAUUUCUAACAGUUUUUUAACAAUGUGUACAAAAAAAGAAAUUCAGCAUAGUAAACAAUUCAAUUCACCAUAUAUAAUUACUCGUUGUUGUAGAGAUGCAUGGUGUAAUACAGAUAAAGUAAAAAUCGCUCAAACUGAUUGGUCUACGCCUGAAGUAAAACGUUAUUUACCAGGAGACUUAUCUAACUAUGGUAGUGAACCGAUGGAACAUAUCAAUUCAAAACGACGAACACAAUUGAAAACAGGAGCAUCAUCAUCAACAUCAUUGUUGACUAAUUCAAGGGAUUUUAAAAAAUCACCAAACAAUCCCCACUUAAUCGAUGAAAAUUUUUCUGAAAGUCUUAUAAACUCAAAGUUACUUCAUCAGGAAAUAUCUAAACCAACAUCAUCGAAAGAUCGAUAUGAUGCGGUAUCGUCUAGAAAAGGAAUACGACGAAAAGGUGAGAGAGGUAGCGGAAAUGUUGAAAUGAAUUCAGGCCGUAUUCUAACAGGAAAUUUUCAGCUAUCCUAUUUUAAUCCAAUUAAAUCAACUAAUUCGAAACCGUAUAGUAUGAAUAUAUUGCUAGCAAAACCAAUCUAUGUGGCAAUGGGAAUAUCAUUAGCUAUUCUUUUGUUUGGGCUUAUCUUCUUAUCAUCUGCCCUGUUGAUCUAUCGAAAGAAUAAACUUUUACACAUAUCUAACUGUCGAACAGUUUGCAAUUAUUCAUGCCACAAUGAAAAUAGCAUUGCUUCACCUAGAAGUGAGAGGGCUACUAGUAAAAAUGUUACAGGAAUAUCAGAAAAUGCAGAAAAACUACAAAAGUGGAAUCAACCAGUCACUGCAUUUCCAAGUAAGCAUUCAACUGAUGAACCACUUUUAUUCAAUGGUAUCAGUUCAAUUGAGAGUAUGAAUCCUUCUACAGAUUAUCGGUCAUUAACAAUGAAUAAAGAAGAGAAUAACUGGUUGAAACCGACAGGUGAUAUAAAAUCUCCAGAGAAGGAAGAAAAUGUCUGUAAAGAAAACGGGAUAACAUAUUAUUGUAAUCAUUGUUUAUGUUGUUAUUCUAAUAACAUCAAUAAUGAUACCAAUGAUAGUCAACGUUCAACAACAAACAAAUCAUUCAUUAACUUAUCUCAAUUUAAUAAAAGAACUAUGAAUAUUGAUAAUAUUGAAAAUGCCAACACUAAUAAUACUAUUGGUGAUCGAUUACACCCGGUAAUAUGUGAAACAAGCGAGUUCAGUUUAAAUACAGAUAAUCAAAAACGUGAACCAAGCAGUGUAUCUACACCAUUGUUCAGUAUACAUUCAUCAUCCACUCAUCAAUUACCAGAUUUCAUUGAAUAUAGAAAGUUAAAUAAUAGUAAUCAUAGUCAUAAUAAUAAUAAUCAUAACAAAUCAUUACUGAUCAAUGAUCAAGAUACAUUUACAUGGAUAAAAAAUCAACAAUCUCAUAUUCAGAAUCCAAUUCAAUUGCAACAAUUCAAUUAUUGUAAUCAACAAUUACAAAAAAGUUCAAAUUCAAGGCCAAAGAAUACACAGCGCCAAAUUCAUUCAAUGUUCAAUGAUUUCAGUGGAAAUGGUUCUGAUUCUAGUUUUUUAUAUGAUAUUGAUAAUAAAAAUAAUAAUACAGAUUAUGAAAAUACUAAGACAAUACUGAGGCAGAAAUUGAUUGAAACUGAAUUAGACUGGACAGUAGGAGAAAAAAAGAAUAACACGAUUCAACUUAAUGGUAAUAUUGAUUCACUCUCUCCUUUACUGCAUAACGAUACACGAAGAAAUAUCGAUUAUAGCAGUAGUAGUAGUAGUAGUAAUAGUAGUAGUCGACAAGAAAACGAAUCGAACAACCAACAAUCUGUGCUACCGGUUCAAUUUACUGAUUUAUUUUUUCCACAUCUUCCACCACCGCCAUCUUAUCCACCUCCUCCUCUGCAUCAACAGCAAGAACCUCAAGAACAAAUGAUUGAGAAUUUAAAUUCAAAUAAUACUAAUACUAACACUACAACUACUACUAAUAAUGAUAAUAGUAGUAAUCAUAUUUUAAAUAAUAAAAAUUCAUUAUUUGUUGACUUACACCGGCUUGACAUGCUUCUACAACGUCAAAGAGGCACUGGAAAGACGAGUAGCGGUGGUGAAGAUAAUAAAACCAUUGAAAGUGAACAGUCUGAUCCAAAUCAAACUUGGAAAGUGUCCAGUUCCAAUGAAAAUAAUACUGUAUUGAAUAUGGCUACAUUAGGUCAUAGAAAUAUUUCCUUGACUAAUAAUUAUCAUAAUAAAAAUAAUCGAUUUUUAGAAUAUUCACCUGAUUUGAACAAAUUAACUGAACGUAGAAUAAUGGAAACUGGUUUAAUUGGUUUAGCAACUUUUCGUAAAGCAGAAGAACAAAGUGUAGAUUUAGUGACUCCAUAUGCACAAUUUGAUUUAUCACCAGAUUCAAGUAUGUGUAUAACAGCUGAAUAAUGAGUAAAUUAUUAUUCUAAUAAGAAAAAUCGAAAUAUCUACAAUAUAUAUUUGUUUUAAUGUAUUAAAU